GAAAGUGCUUCCCCAACCCAACAGAAAUGGAGAAAAGUUGCAUAUGGAGGAAUGCAACCUGGGUUUGAAGACAAUCACACCGACGAGUCGUUCCUUGAAGAUAUGGUUAUGAAUGCCAAUGUUGUCAAACGGAACAUGCUAAAGGUGAUGCUAGACUCAGUUUCCAUAUCCCAAUACCUAUGCAUUGUAGCUCUAGUGAUCAUUGUUUGGACCCUCACGCUUAGGUCGACCAUUGAUGAAAAUUCUCUCUUGCUUCUUGACGUAAUCCUUCUUGGACUAGGUUUCUUUGUUGUACUGUUAACUACCGAAAUGCUCUCAUUUAAUCUUCUUCUUAAUUACGUUCUCAAAAUUUCCUUUUUCAUAUCUGGUUUAUACUUUUUGUCUCCUAUCUACCACACACUUACCCGGUCUAUAAGCUCAGAUUCCAUAUGGGCACUAACAGUUUCUCUAAUCACUCUCCACCUCUUCCUCCACGACUACUCUGGGUGUACUGUGAAAGCUCCAGGGGCUCCAGAACGUCCAUCAUUUAUGAGCAAUAUCUCCUUAAAUGCUUCUAUCGUUGCCUCUCUUUUGAUAGCUUCUCGCCUUCCGUCGAGACUUCAUGUUUUUGCCAUUGUGCUGUUCUCCUUGCAAGUUUUCCUCUUUGCUCCACUGGUUGUUUAUUGUAUUAAGAAGUAUUCAUUUCGAUUGCACCUUGUGUUCUCAUUAGGGUUGAUGGCUGUCACUUUGGCUUUUGCUUGUAGGUUGCAUAGACUGAUUUUUGUGCUAUUGUUGAGUUUGUUUGUUUUUGUUAAUAUGGUCUGUCCUUGUUGGCUUAUAAGGAUACAGGAGUACAAGUUUGAGAUCAAUGGUCCUUGGGAUGAAGCAAAACUCUGUUUCAACAUAACAGAGUGAGAAAAUUUCCCGCCUCACUUCUUUUCUUCUUUCAUGUAGCUUACUUCGAGAUUUAGCAAAAUUGGUCCUUGGUUGUCACUCUGUUGUUUGAAUGGAAUCCUACUGAAGAUUUUUGAAGAUUAAUGAGUAGUUCAGUUGCACUUUCACUUGUUCCUUUUGUCAUUACUCCUAUUUUUUUUUAACAUAUUAAUCCUAUUGUUAUCAGUAUUUUCUUUUUGA